AUGACUGAAUUUAAUGAAAAUUCUUCACAAUGGAACAACUUGAAGGAAACAUACGAUGAUUUGUUAAGAAUUUUUAAAGUACCACCGUUGAAAACAGAAUUACAGCGGACAAAUGUAGAGAUUUUUAAUUGUGGUUUAGUCGUUGACCUUAAUAAACUUUUUUCGGAUAUAAACCCUAAAGUUCAAAUCUUCAGAAUUUAUGGUGAUAUAGUUCGGCUCUCAAAUACUUUAGAAAUUCCACCUUUGAAUGGCCGUAGCGUUAUUUUGAUAGCAGCGAGACGAAUUGAAAUUGAACCACGAUGUAAAAUAAUUGUAAAUUAUAAGAAGUCAUUCAGAAUAGUAAUAUACACUUUAGAAAUAACUUCAGAACUUGAAAUUAUUGCAAAAAACCAGCAAAAAAAUAAUACAUGUUUGUUGAAAGAUAUUGAAAACAUUGGUAAAUUAUAUACUGCACCCUAUGACGAGGUCCCUAAAGAUAUAUGUAUAUUUGAUAAUAGUAUACUUAAAAAUCAUUCAUUCCUUAAAAUGUUACGUUACUCUUUACUUAUCGCAAGUGUCUUAUUUUGUGAUAAACUUGAAAUUGCACGAUCAAUCCUUUCUUGGAUUGUUAGAAUAACGAGAGAAUCCGAAGAAUCGAAAGAAUUAUAUGAUUAUGGAUUAACAAUGUUCACACAACAUAAUUCAAAAGAUAAAGGAAAAGAAAAGAAUAUUCAAUUUGUUCCAAAGCUAGACAUGGGCAUUUAUAAAGACCGUAUUAAUGAGUUAGUAAAAUUUGCAAAAUAUCACGAAGAAAGAUAUAUGCAGAUUCUAAAUGAUCAGGAAGAGAUAGAAAUGCUGGAUGUAUCAUUAGCGGAUCGUAGUGAUAUGGUCGAAAUGUAUGAAAUUUUGAACGAUAAGAAAAAAAGUCGUCGUGAAUCAGCGCAUACGGUGAUGAAAUAUAUUGAAAAUGAGCUUCGAAGACGACAAGAAAACAUCAAAAGUGCGUUCAAUGAACUUGAAAAGGGAAUAAAAAAUUGGAUAGAAGAACAACAAUCUGAGGCACAGAAAAAAUUAUUUAUUGCCGUUAUAGAAUUGUCUUUAAGUGUUGGCAAAAUUGUCGUUCAACCCGGUGGCAUAUUCAGCUUUGUUGAUACGAUAAAAAAAGUGACUGAUUUAGUUCAGGAAGCUUUAGCUGGUGUUGAUGUAGAACAAAUUGGAGAAUUGUAUAAGAUAGCUACCGAUGCUGAUAUGAAAGAGAAAUUUAACCAACUUAAAGACUUAGAUAGCCAAGUCGGCAAAAUCCAAGAAAUUAAUAAAGAACUGGAAUAUCAUAUAAAUAAUGCUAAUUACUUAACUAGUGAUACGAAUAAAGAAUAUGGAAAUAUAGUGUCCUUGGAUAUUAAUAGUCUUGCAAAAAGCCUUGAAGCUCAUGAUCAAAAAGGAAUCCUGUUAAGUACCGAAUGGGAAUUAACUAGACGUCGAAUGCCGGUCAAACAAAAGAUUGAAAGUGCUGAAAAAAAUCUAAACUCAUUAGAGAAUUUUUUUAUUUUUAUCGAUGCAUACAUUAAAGCAAAAGUCGAAGAAAUUGAAAGUGAUGAAGAAUUUUUCAUAUCUAAUUUACAAGCAGAAAUGUCAGAAAGAAAAAAAGACCGACUUAAACAAAUGAUUAAAAAUCGCGAUACAAAAAAUUAUGCCGAUAUUAAAUUUCAUUUAAUCGAAAAUUUUAUCAAUGUUAAAUUUUGGAUGAUGAUAUACAUGAAGAAUUAUAUUCGCGCCUACGAAUAUUGGUCACUUUCAAAAUCGAAAAUAGAGCUUUCAGUCCUUAAAAAAUUUCAAGACCAUGAAGAAGAUAUGAAAAAAAUUAGUCACGAGUUAAUGAGAGCUUACGAACAAUUGGGAUGUAAUUCUGAUCUUAAUUGGUCUUCAAUUGAAUUUAAAGAUGAAAAAUACAUUGAAGAAUUUAAACGCAAUCGGUCUGUUAUAAUUGAAAUUCCAUUGAACCACAAGAAAUUAUCAAACUAUGCCUAUACAAAGCUUCACUUAUUUAGAGUGUACUUAGAAGGGGUUGGAUCGGAAAAUGAUAUAAUUAGUCUAUAUGUUAGCAACACAGGUACUUUGGCUAACAGAGAUAAAGAAAAUAAAGAAUAUCAUUUUAGAUCAGAACCUAUUCCAACUACAGAAUUUAGAUACAGAGUACAUUCACCUAUUGAAUUCGAUAAAUUUGAAAAAUAUAUAGAUCAGGAGCAUAAAUAUUGUAAAAUUGGUAAUAAUAAUAUUUAUAUCGUCCCAACACCAUUUUGCCAGUGGAAAAUUAGUAGCCUUCAGACUGAUUUUGAUUUGUCUGGUUUGAAAUCAAUUAUUAUUCAUUUGGCAACCUAUUGCCAUCUAAAAGAUGGCGUUUUAUAA